ACGGUAACCCGCCGAGCAGAGCGCGAUGAGGCGGGCGCCAACGGCUGGGGCCGCGGGGCGGGAUCCGGCGCGAGUGCGCGGCGUCGACGGGGCGGCCUAGUGUGCGCUCGCCGCUCCUGCGCAAGGUGUGGGCUGCAGUCGCUGGCUUGGGCGCCGCAGACGCGGGCGGACCCCGGGCCCCUGGCGGGCGCGGCGCCGCCGCCCUCGAGGCCGCCCUCCUCGCCCCGCUAUGAUCGACUCGGUGCAGCUGCGCCGCCGCUGCGCGGCCGACUUCUUCUCGCACUACGAGUACCUGUGCGCGCUGCAGGACUCCGUGCCGCUGCCGGCCGUGCGCGCCUGCCUGCGGGAGGGCGUGCUGGACUUCAACGCCGACCGCCUCCGCGUGGUGGACUGGGCGCCGCUGCUGAGCACCCUCAAGAUCAACAAGGACCUGCCGCUCAUCUCCAUCAGGAGCUGCUUCCAGCCGUGGCUCGGGGAGACAGGUCCUAAUAUAAAUAAGGUUUGUAGAAGUCGUGUUCCUGCGAUAAGAUCUAAAGAUGUGACCUUCCAGUUAUGUAAAGCUCUUAAAGGCUGUUUAAGUACAUCAAACAUGCUGAGGAACCUGGAGCUAAAUGGACUGCUUCUAAGAGAGAGAGAUUUAACUGUUUUAACAAAGGGAUUGAAUAAAUCGACUUCUUUGGUGCACCUGUCUCUUGCGAAUUGCCCAAUUGGAGAUGGAGGUUUAGAAAUUAUUUGUCAAGGAAUAAAGAAUUCUGUCACUCUUAAGACAGUCAACUUCACGGAGUGUAAUCUGACAUGGCAGGGAGCAGAUCACAUAGCCAAGAUCUUAAAGUACCAGACGAUGAGAAGGCACGAGGAGACCUGGGCCGAGAGCCUUCGCUAUAGGAGGCCUGAUCUCGACUGCAUGGCUGGCUUGAGGCGCAUCACACUGAACUGCAACACGCUCGUUGGAGACGUGGGUGCACGCGCUUUUGCGGACUCUCUCAAUGAGGAUUUGUGGCUUAGAGCACUUGACCUGCAGCAGUGCGGCCUCACCAAUGACGGAGCCCAGGCUUUACUAGAGGCUUUGGAGACCAACAGGACUCUGGUGGUUCUCGAUAUAAGGAAAAAUCCACUCGUUGAUCAUUCUAUGAUGAAAGCAGUUAUCAAAAAAGUUCUCCAGAAUGGAAGGAGUGCUAAGUCAGAGUACCAGUGGAUAACUUCUCCAUCUUUGAAGGAAUCAUCUAAAACUGCUAAACAGAAAAAGAAAACUAUAAUUCUAGGAAAUAGUCGAAAAGGAAAAGCUACUAUUAGAAUUGGAUUGGCCACCAAGAAACCCAUGGGUAGCGGAAGAAAACACACACCUGGUAAAGAAAGCUAUGCUCCUGAAGCUCUCCCUCCUGGGGUUUCUGGUUUCUUGCCCUGGCGUACUGCAGAGCGUGCGAGGAGAAGCAGGGGUUUUCCAUUAAUCAAAACUCGAGAUAUACCUAAUCAGCUGCAGUCAUCAGGUUUUCCUGUCACUGUAACACUAGAGAGUCCUUCAUCCUCAGAAUGUGAAGAGAUAGAUGAUUCCUCAGAAAGUGUCCAUGAAAUACCAGAGAAAGCCAGUGUAAAGCAUGAAGCAUUGCAGGAAAAACUGGACGAGUGCUUAAAGCAGUUAAAGGACGAAAGAGUAAUAAGGCUUAAGGCUGAUAAACGAGUCAGUGAGCUAGAACAAGAAAAUGCCCAGUUAAGAAACCUAAACUUCUCUUUGUCUGAAGCUCUUCAUGCACAGUCAAUGACAAACAUGAUCCUGGAUGAUGAAGGUGUUUUGGGCAGCAUUGAGAAUUCUUUCCAGAAGUUCCAUGCCUUCUUGGAUCUCCUCAAAGAUGCUGUUAGUAUUCCACCAGAAGAAGAAAAGAAGGCACUUGAAGAGGAGAAACCAGAUCCAAAGCAGAGUACUGUAGGACGAAUGCAAAAUAUCCAAGUUUCUAUUUGUAUGCAGUCAGCUUACAAUGAAGGAACACUAAUGAAGUUUCAGAAAUUUACAGGUGAUGCUAGAAUUCCUUUGCCUCUUGACUCCUUCCAUGUCCCAGUUUCUGCUCAGGAGACCGUAGGAACUUCC